ACGUUGCCGAGCUAUAGACUUGUGCAAUAGCACACUUUUUUAAAUAUUAUUUUCAAUUUCUGUGUCAGCGUCUACACCUGUUAAAAAAAAUAAGAAGAAUUGUUAUGUUUUACUUAAAAGUAAUAACUACUGUACCAGCCAAGUGCACGCGCAGGUUUGGCCGUGCCCGACACAAUUAACAUACGCAAGUAUCUACUGUCACGGGCAUUAACUUUGAUUGAUACCGCUGUGGUUGAUGUAAUUGGUUUGCACUUUACGAUUGACAGCUUUGUGCUUGAUGUAAUUGGAUUGCAGUUUGCCCAUCUAGCCGCGAGUUUCAAGUUAUGCAUAUGUAUGACCUCCACAAUCACUAGAAGAAGUUAUGUUGUGAAUUUUCACUUGCAGGGAGUUUGGGAGUCGUAGUUUUUAGAAGUUAAAAUCUUGUGUAAUGUGCUUGCAAGGAAGCUAGUACGAUGAAACUCUGUAGUAGCAGCCCGAAGGUGAAUGAUGUUGUUUUACCUGGUGAUGCAAUUACAUUUGAAAUUCCUGUGCCCGAACGCGAGGACUGUUUACUGGAGCAACCACGUAGGGAAAAGGUGGUCUGUGGUCCCGGCCUGAGGCGGGAUGGCGUUAAGAUAGUCGUGUGUAAGAGUGGCAUGCUGCGCUUUAAGGAGCCCAAUAUGUAUUGGGUGGACUCACAGCAGAAAAGGUAUGUUCCUGUUAAAGGAGAGUAUGUCAUAGGCAUUGUGACUGCAAAGGCCGGAGAUAUAUUCCGAGUUGACAUUGGAGGUAGUGAGCAAGCUUCUUUGUCUUAUUUGGCAUUUGAAGGUGCAACAAAGAAAAACAGACCAAAUGUUCAAGUAGGAGAUCUAGUUUAUGCACAGUUUCUUGUUGCUAACAAAGACAUGGAACCAGAACUGGUUUGCAUCGACAGCGUUGGACGCUCUGUAGGAAUGGGUGUGAUUGGCCCUGGAGGGCUAAUGUUCAAAGUUUCACUCGGUCUGGCUAGAAAACUUUUGUCUCCCAGUUGUGACAUUAUCUCAGAACUGGGUAAAGUUCACCAGUUUGAGAUGGUGAUAGGAAUGAAUGGCAGAAUUUGGGUGAAGGCCAAAACCACUCAGCAAACUUUAGUAGUUGCCAAUGUUUUGGAAUCAUGUGAACACAUGACAGCAGAGCAAAGAAAGUGUGUAUUCAAGAGACUGGCAGAUGAUUUCAGCUGAAUAAUUGGCACUGUAAUUUCUUAGUUCUGUUUCCUAACAGCUCAUGCAUAUUAAUUAGCGGUUUGAAGAUCGGCAAUUUUAAAAUGUUUUAAUGUAUUUUAUGUUGUGUACACGAAGACAGUUGCCAUACAUGUAAAUACAGCUAUAUAAUAAGAUGAGUAAUUUGUUAUAUUCAUGUGCCAAUUUAUUUUGGAAAGUGCCACGGACCUGCUUAUUUUCAGAACUUUUCGGAAUCUUGGACAAGUGUCAGUUUCUCUGAGCAAUAGACUUCAUCUUGGCAGUCCACAUCUUCAUGUACCUCAUGUUAUUAUUUUCGUGGCAUUAGUUGCUUUGGCUGUUUGUGAAUAAAUAUAAGGCUUUCUGAACUUCUCAGUAAUUGGUACCCUGUCAUACCAAAGAAUCAAGUCUCAGCAGCCUCUUUCUUUUGUGUUGUGAAGCAUUGUUUCUUAAAUGCUACUAGCCUGACAUGCACUGGUAGCUGAAUGUGGUGCCAUUUAAAUUUGUCCUUCGGAAUUUUGACGAAAAAAUGUAUUUCAAGUUUCAUUUUAAGCUUUAUGUGCGCCCCGAGGUACUAUUACUUUUUGGACAGUGAUUUUUUUUAUAUAUAUAAUUUUUGAAUGGAGCAAGUAGUCCAAGAAGUGCCCAAGACUUCCGAAACGAUUAUAUAAGAAAGCACAGAGUAGUAUUGGUAGAUCACAAGUGGGGAGUUUUCUUUUUUGGAUGAUAAAUGAAGCAUGGUUGUCCUUAUGCUAAAGAAAAUGAGUAACAUUUACUUUUACUGUAUAACAUGUCUGUGCAGCUGAUUAGAAAUGAUAGUCAGUCGUGCUGUUACCUGUGUCCUUUGAGUUUUAGUAUAAAUAGAUGUCAUAAUGUACACUGGCAUCGCAUGCAAAUAAUCCUGGCCUCUAAUGUGCUCUACAGUUUAGGAUUCUAUUAGAUGAUACACAUCUAUUCUUUCUUUAGGUGGCCAGUACCCUCAUGUUUGUCUGUGCUGUUAUGAUGGCUAAAACAUUGUAGCACCACCUAAUCCUGAAGACAUGCUCCUUAUCUCUUUACAGUGUACUGCACGAAUGGCCUUUGUUUUCUCACUCCCAAAUUAUCAAUGCAUAAAAUGUAUGCAUUGCUAAUGAUUCAGCACAUUACAACAAAACCUGAGCUUUGAAGCUUGAAAAGCAAAUUCUUUCUUCAGAAAUAAUGCUUACGUUAAGGGUUGAAGGCUGCCACUGAACCUUUACAUGAAUGCUGGCUACACUGUUGAGGUAUACUUUUUAUUAUGAGGCAUCCUACUGGUGCCCUUUACCAUUAGUGGGGGUUGUUCAGAUAUUCAAGGCCCUAUUUCCUCUUUCAAAAAGAGUAUGGUGUUUUUUAUAGAUUUAAAGACAAACCACAGAACUCAAAAUACAAGCUGCAUCUCUGGGCUUCAUAGUCUUGAAGUGAUAGUCCUUUAGUGACAAUUAUUAAAGGUAGUUGAAAAUACAACUGUUGCUUUGUUCAUUAAAUAUUAUAAAAAUUGUAUGCUUGUCUGCUACUUCAGUUUUUAAGGUCUAUUGCAUAAAAUUUCAGCCAAGCUUUUGUUGAAAUGUUAUGAUAACGUGUAUAAAAAAUCUAUAUAUAUUUAAUAAAUGUCUGUGGGUUUCCUUUA